AAAGCGUCAAAAUAAGGUACUUUCUAACUCUGAUAUCUAUUAUGUAGGUCUGGACUACUUUGUGUCAUUGACGUUGUGUUCAACAUGCUAGGGGAUCCCUAAACCCCAAACAGAAGAAAAACAUGGUAGUAGCCGUUCGUUUCCCGUCCAAUUGGCUGUGUAAGUUGGAUAAAUUAGAUUGUUUGCUUCCAAGUCAAAGAGAAAUCUCGGCAUUUUCAGUUAGCUUCUCAUUCGCUUGAUAAACUGUUAAAUAUGUUGUCGUCCGUCGCCUCUUUGUGUGCGCGAAGGGGGAAGAAAAUAUUGGCUUCCACGUUGUCCAUCUUUUUGAAGCCACCACAUGCACCAGUUCUGCAUAUGGUGGCUCGACUACGGCCAUCCGGGCUUCUCGCACCGACUCCAUGGCAGCUGCCCACAGGACUAACUUCCAGGUGCCUGUCAGCGUCCUGUCCAGAGGACACCGACCCUCUGGACCGCUUCGGCUCGCUGUCCGCCGACAUGGCCUCCAGGAAGUUGUUCAGGAAAAGCAGCUCCGGUAUCCGUGACCUGCGACACCAAGAAAACGAAGAAGAGGAAACAUCUCCUCGUCUGAGGCCCGGGAGGAGAAACACGCCGUACUGGUACUUCUUACAGUGCAAGAGGCUGGUUAAAGAGAAUAAGCUGCAGGAGGCGUUGGAGAUGUUCAACAGAGACAUGCUGCAGGGAGAGAAGCUGCAGCCGGAGGAGUACAACUACUCAGUCCUGAUCGGAGGCUGUAGUCGAGCUGGACAACUGAAAAAGGCCUUCAAACUCUACAAUGAUAUGAAGAAGCGAGGUCUCGAGGCUGGAGAUGCGACCUACACCGCACUGUUCAACGCCUGUGCUGAAUCGCCUUCGAAACAAGCUGGUCUUCAGCAAGCACUGAAGCUGGAGCAAGAACUUCACCGCAAAAACUAUUCCCUGAGCACCAUCACAUACCACGCUCUUCUCAAGACUCAUGCCGUCACCAACCACCUCCAAGCUUGUAUUCACACAGUCAGGGAGAUGCUACAGAAUGGACAUGCUGUGACUCAGGAGACAUUUCACUACCUACUGAUGGGCUGCUUGAAGGACAGAGAAAUAGGAUUCAGACUGGCUCUACAAGUGUGGCACCAGAUGUUGCAGUCAGGAAUUAUUCCAGACACAAAGAACUAUAAUUUGCUCUUGAGGCUUGCCAGAGAUUGUGGGAUUGGCAACACCGGUUUGGCUACUGAUGUUCUGCUGAGGGACUGCGAGAGUCAGAAGCAGAGGACAGGUGUGUUUGAGUCCAGGUGCAAGGACGUAAUAGACAUUGACCUACUGGAGAGGAAGUUGUUUUUGCAGCCUGAUCCACACAGUGACACUCAACAGGACAGCAGACACAGUGAGGAGUUCAACAGCAGACAAGAUUCAACCUAUAUGAUGCCCAUCAGACAAAAAGAAAACACGCCACGUUCUGUGAACAUAGCAGCAGAUACUACUGUCCCUAACCUACUGGACCUUUUUGAAGGAAAAAGCAGUGACAUUAUCUCCCUCGGCACUGUAGACAGAGCAUGUGAUAGACUGGGCCUCAUCGGUGGUGCUGAAGGUUUCCUGGAGAAGAUGGCAGCAAAGGGACUCAGUCCAGACCUCAAAACUCUGACCCUGCUGGCUGACAUGAUGGAGCCAGGCUACCAGUCACUGCAGGCGUUGUUAAAGGUCGCCAAACAGCAUCAGGUGAAGCUUGAUGCUGUGUUCUUUAACUCGGUGAUUCACAGAGUGGCAAAAGCUAAUGACCUGGAAGGAGCAAAGGCUGUGCUGAGUGUAAUGCAACAAUGGAAUGUGAAGGUGGAUAUACAGACAUUUGGAUGUCUUGCGUUAGGCUGUGAGCGAGAGGAGGAUGGCCUUCAACUGCUGAAAGACAUGGCGGAGGCAGGUUUGAGACCCAACAUCCAUGUGUUCUCUGCUCUAAUUGGCCAAGCAAGUUGGAGACUGGAUUACAUCUACCUGAAAACAAUCCUGAAGACCAUGAGUGACAUGGGAGUGUGUCCUAAUGAGGUCAUUAUCAGACAGCUGGAGUUUGCUGCACAGUAUCCUCCCAACUAUAACCAGUACAAAUCCAGAAACAACUACUUGGUCCACAUAGAUGGUUUCCGUGGUUACUACCAGCAGUGGCUGAGAGAUAUGCCUGCUCAUAACGCUGAGGACGAGCAAGUGGAACUGCAGGCUGAUGCUUCGGUGAUGAAAACAAAAGCUCCAGACGGACUGAUGACCCAGCAGGACCAGGGUGCAGAGAGGAGAUGCAGUUCUCCUAACAGGAACAAGACACGCACCACUGUGGCAGCUCUGUAGCCGCACUCUUGAAAAUAUGACUACUAUUACCUCUUCUUGUUCCGCUGCUUCUCUGUGUUUAGCUUUGGAAGCCUGUGUGGAUUUGGAUUGAAGCAAUGGCUCAUGGACUUUGCCUUGGCCUUUUCCUUGACAUUGUAGUAUUGUAAUUAUCAAGGUCAGUUUCAGCUAUCAGUACAUGAUUCCCGAGACAGUAAACUUUUUUUCUGACAGAAUUUUAUUUUAUUUUGAACUAUCCCAAACCUGAAUUUCGUGUGAUUGGUUAAUGAACAGGUCCAUUAAGUAAAAAAUGUAUUUGUUUUCCUCAAAGAGAGCUUUCUUAGCAAUAGUAAAUUUAGCACAUACCUGUAUGCAGGACGGGGGCUGCACAGUGCAGUUAGCGCUUUCGCCUUGCAGCAAGAAGAUCCCCAGUUCAAAUCCCGGGGUGGGCCUGGAAUCUUUCUGCAUGGAGUUUGCAUGUUCUCCCUGUGCAUGUGUGUGUUCUCUACGGUCCCUCCGGCUUCCUCCCACAGUCCAAAAAUAUGCUGAGGUUAACUGGUUACUCUAAAUUGCCCGUAGGUGUGAAUGUGAGUGUGAUUGUUUGUCUGUAUGUGUAGCCCUGUGACAGACUGGCGACCUGUCAAGGGUGUCCCCUGCCUUCGCCCAAGUCAGCUGAGAUAGGCUCCAGCACCCUCCACGACCCUAAUGAGGAUGAAGCGGUGUAUAGAGAAUGGAUGGAUGGAUGUAUGCAGGACUAAAGAAGCCUCUUGGAUAUGAGGUAAAAUGUUCUGAAUUUAUUCUAAAUGAAAUUGUCCAGGAUAUUCCCUGCCUUAUCUGUACUUAGAAUGUUAUUUCAUGGCAAAGAGAUGUCCAUUCCAUCCAUCCAUUCUCUAUACACCGCUUUAUCCUCACUAGGGUCGCAGGGGGUGCAGGGGACACCCUGGACAGGUCACCAGUCUGUCGCAGGGCUACACAUACAGACAAACAAUCACACUCACAUUCACACCUACGGGCAAUUUAGAGUAAUCAAUUAACCUCAGCAUAUUUUUGGACUGUGGGAGGAAGCCGGAGUGCCCGGAGAAAACCCACGCAUGCACAGGGAGAACAUGCAAACUCCAUGCAGAAAGAUCCCAGGCCCACCCCAGGAUUCGAACCAGGGAUCUUCUUGCUGCAAGGCAAAAGUACUAACCACUCCUCCACUGUGCAGCCCACAAAGAGAUUUAGUAUGUUCCAUUAAAUUGUGACACGGUUAUGUUUACAAACCUUUAGAAGUGCUGCUUGAAAGUGAAAUUUAAGCUGAAGUUCCUGCGAGCCUAAUUCAUCUGACUGUGGGAGGAAAAUUAGUUGUUUGCUGUUUUCAAAUUUCAUUUUGUAAGAACAAGAAUUCAGUUUUGACAUUUAAAGAAGAUGCUUGACAAUGUCUGUUUGAAAAUGUGGUAUAAUAGUACAAUAAGAUGCUGUAUUUUAAUUAAUGAUAUAAUUCAAACAUGCUGUUAAACUGAUUUGAUGAAUUUAAUCCAUUUUGUACUAAUACCCUCAAUAAAUAACGUCCAAGUGAAUUUGAUCAGAAGCACACAGAUUCUAUUAAAAAAUGAUAGUAUUGAUUGGACAUUACAAAGAGUUACAGUUGCACAAUAGCCAAGCAUUCAGUUGAUUUAAUUUUAGCAAAGAAAGUGAACUCAAAAGAGGUCAUUUGUUUAAAACAGACAAAACAAAUUAACAGUUUGAGAAUGCUGAUGUAGUUAGCCUACACUUACAAUAAUUUUGAGCAUUCAGUCUGUUGCCAAUGUUACUUGGGUGAUUUAACUCUACAGAAUAUAAAAUUUCCUUGCAAUACUUUGCAGUUGAAUGUUACUUGCAUAUAUCAGUUGUGAGAAAUUGUAUUUCUGUGAUUUAGCAGUGAAAAGUAAAACUGCAAAGAAAAAUUUGA